AUGAAAUCAUUUUCUGAAUAUAUUGUUAAAGAUUCUAUUGAUUAUAUAUCUACUAAGGCAAAAUCUUUUAAUGUUUCUCUUGAUUUAGUUGCAUCAACUACAACAAAUGAAAGAGAUCAUAUUAAAAAAGAUAUUUUACUUGAUACAAUAUCUAUAAAUCAUCCAGAUACAAAAACUUUAUAUUUUUAUAAAGCUGAAGAAUUUGAUAAUAAAAAAAUUUAUGAUUUUUUGAUGGAUGUUUUUAGAAUACAUGAACCUAUAACACAAAGUUUAAAUUGUGAAGAGGAGGAUUUAGAAGAUUUUUUUACAGAUAUUGCUUCUGAAUAUCUUAUGGAUAAUGUUUCUGUUGUUGUUUUUAAUGAAGAAAAAGAGUUAGUUGGAAUUUGUUUAAAUUCUAUUCAUUUAGUAGAUACAAUCAAUAAUAAAUCUAUAACUUUUAAUGAUGAUUACCAAAAAAAAGUUGAUUUUUCAGAAGAAUAUCUCAAAAAUCCUUAUCGUUGUGAAAAAGCUAAAAAAAUAGAUUUAUUUGUAUCUUUAAUUGAAAAUAACUAUGAAAAAAUUUUACCAAAUGAUAUAAAAAAAUUAUUAAAGAUUGAUAUUAUAUGUGUUAAUCCAUCUUAUGCCAGAUUAGGUAUUGCAAAAAAACUUGUUGAUCUAACAAUAACAUUUGCUAUUAAAAAAGAAUGUCAAGGUAUUAUAAGUUGUACGACAGCCAAAGGAUCAAGAAAAUUAAUGGAAAAUAAAAAAUUUUCUGCAUUAAGAACAGUUAAUUUUUCAGAUUUUAAAGUAAAUGGAGAACUUGUUUUUCAGCAUCUUUUAGACAAUGGAACUGGUGGUGCUUUAAUGUUUAAAAAACUUUUAUCUGAUGAUAUAUAA